GGAGAUGGCUGGCCGCCUGCGAGCCACCUGGAACUGGAGGCCUCAGCAAGUGGUGCUCAGAAUCGCCCAGCUCCUCUACCUCAGUGCUCUGAUCUCUGAACUACUGAGCCAGAAAGAGGUGGCAGCGUGGACCUAUCACUACAGCACCAAACCCUACACUUGGAACUCCUCCCGGCAUUUCUGCCAGAGGUUCUACACGGACCUGGUGGCCAUCCAGAACCAAGGCGAGAUCGCCUACCUCAACGACGCCAUGCCUUACUACAGCCAGUACUACUGGAUCGGGAUCCGCAAGGUCGGCGGGAAGUGGACCUGGGUGGGGACCAACAAGACCCUCACGGCCGAGGCCGAGAACUGGGCGGACCAUGAGCCCAACAACAAGAAGAACAACCAGGACUGCGUGGAGAUAUACAUCAAGAGCCCGUCGGCCCCCGGCCAGUGGAACGACGAGCCGUGCUGGAGGAAGAAGCGCGCGCUCUGCUACUCAGCGUCCUGCCAAGACACGUCCUGCAGCAAACAAGGGGAGUGCGUGGAGACCAUCGGGAACUACACCUGCUCCUGCCACCCCGGGUUCUAUGGGCCAGAGUGCGAAUACGUCAGGGAGUGCGGACGCCCGGAGCCCCCAGAGCGUGUGCUCAUGAGCUGCAGCCACCCCCUGGGAAGCUUCGCUUUCCAUUCGCGGUGCAGCUUCCGCUGCACAGACGGGCACACGCUGGACGGACCCCGCGAGCUGGAAUGCUUGGCUUCGGGGGCCUGGACGAGCGAGCCCCCGCGCUGUGUGGCCACCCCAUGCCCACCCCUGCGGCCCCCCGAGCGAGGACACAUGAGCUGUCUGCAGGCUGCAGAGGCUCCUUCGCACCAGCCCAGCUGCAGCUUCAGCUGUGAGGAGGGAUCUGUCCUGGUCGGGCCAGAGCUGGUGCAGUGCACGGCUUCGGGCGCAUGGACAGCCUCGGCCCCGGCGUGCGAAGCCGUCGAGUGCAAGCCCCUGGAGAGUCCUGUCCACGGGAGCAUGGACUGUUCUCCGUCCCCGAGAGAGUUUCAAUACAACACCACCUGCAGCUUCCGCUGUGCGGAGGGUUUCGAGCUGAGCGGAGCCGACACGGUGCGGUGUGCUGAUGCGGGACAGUGGACGGCGCCAGCCCCGCUCUGCCAAGCUUUGCGGUGCCAGGACCUUCCAGCUCCGAACAAGGCCCAGAUGAACUGCGUCCACCCCCUCGGUGCCUUCAGGUACCAGUCCACCUGCAGAUUCGCCUGUGCUGAAGGCUCAGUCCUGGUGGGAGCGAGCGAGCUCCAGUGCUUGGCUACCGGGAGCUGGAGCUCUCCGCCUCCAGAGUGCCGAGCCGUCACCUGCACACCCCUGCUAAGCCCUCAGAAUGGAACGAUGGCCUGUGCCAAGCCUCUGGGAGACUCCAGUUAUAAGUCUACAUGCCAGUUCACCUGCGAUGAGGGCUUCUCUUUAUCUGGACCAGAAAGAUUGGACUGCGCUCCAUCUGGACACUGGACAGGCUCCCCACCAACUUGUGAAGCCAUCAGGUGCCCAGCAUUACCUGCCCCGGAGCGGGGCCUCCUGGACUGUUCGGACACUCGCGGAGAAUUCGGUGUGGGCACCACCUGCCGUUUCUCCUGUCACAGAGGCUUUCAGCUGCAGGGGCCCCCCACUGUCCAGUGCACAGCCUCCGGAAGAUGGACGGCACCUCUGCCAACCUGCGAAGCAGGUGCAGCACCAGCUCGUACUCCAGAGGUGCGGUGCCCAGCCCUCGUCACCCCGGGGCAGGGAACAAUGUCUUGUAGACAUCAGCUGGUGACCUUUGGAUUGAACACCACUUGUCACUUUGGAUGCAAAGCCGGAUUCACGCUCAGGGGAGAGGGUGCUAUCCGAUGCGGACCAUCCGGACAAUGGACGGCAGCGGCUCCAGCCUGCAGAGCUGUCCAAUGCUCCGCGCUGUACACGGUUGAACCAGUGCUGAUGAACUGCUCCAACCCUUGGGGAAAUUUCAGCUAUGGAUCAACCUGCACCUUCCAGUGUCCAGAGGGUCAGUCGCUUAAUGGCUCCAGGACAACAGUAUGCCAGCCCAGUGGCCAGUGGUCAGCGGCCAUGCCAACCUGCCAAGCGGGGCCGCUGACAGUCCAGGAAGCCCUGACGUACUUCGGUGGAGCAGUGGCUUCCACAACUGGCUUGGUGAUGGGUGGGACACUCCUGGCUCUGCUGAGAAGGCGCUUCAGGCAGAAAGAUGAUGGGAAAAACCCCUUGAACCCUCACAGCCACCUGGGGACAUACGGAGUUUUUACAAACGCUGCGUUUGACCCAAGUUCUUAAGAGACCUCCCUCAACCUCAGAGGAUGCUGUUGUUGACCGUCAGGCUUCCUGCUAGACUUGACUUAAACUGGAGUGAACUUGCUGCAGUUUUCUGUAAAUACUUGUGAAUAAAGGACAUGGCAUUUCCUCUAGAUUAGCUCUGGACCAGAGCAGAAGGACCGGACCGCAAGCCCAGAGCCUCCGCCCCGGCCCUUCCUGCUCCCCACUUCCUUCUCCAGCCCGAGCCUCCGCAGUGGGCCUGAAUGUCCCUGCCGGUCCCGCCGUGGUCUGUGGGCUAUGCCCUGCCUGUCACUUGAAAUACUAAUUAGCCAAAUACUGGAGCUUCUGAGUCACCUGAAGACCAGACUAUGGAGAAAUAAAAAAUGCCUAUUUUUGGACUGGA